AUGGCAAACUCAAGAAGCGAAAAGGAUGAAUUAGAAGAAGAAAAUGUGAUACUCACAUUGGUUCCAAUAAGCGAGGAACAUAAUGAACAUCAAAUGGAACCAAGUGUUUCUUCAACCUCAGACAGCAAACUGACAGCGCCUAGGACAAACGAUAAAGUUAAUCUUCCUCAAAUGAAUGAACAAUUCAAAGAUUGCCCAAAACCAAUCCUUCCCUUGCCGACCAAUUUGCCAUCAUUUAAUAAAGUGCGUCACGACACUUUGCGGAACUGGUGCCAACAAUUGAAUUUGAGUACCGAUGGUAGGAAAAUAGAGGUUUAUCUGAGGCUUAGCGAACACGCUUAUUUUGAAAAAAAGCGAAAUGUUGCUGGAACACCAGAGGAGGCCACAUUGCAGUCAUGUUCGGGGAAACUGACCAAGAGAUCAAGGAGUAAGAAAAGUCAUCAGAUGAGCAAAAGAGAGGAAGAGACUCAUACGGUUGAGAUGACCAUGACCAAUACAGUUGAAGUGAUAACUUCAGCUCGUGAGGCCAUGCUGGCAGCGUGGUCAAGAAUUGCUGCAAGAGGCUCGCUAUCUAAGGCUGCGAAUUCAUACAGCAUUCCUAUUUCUGUUGAGAAUUUUCUGCUGCAAACAUCUGGUGUCAGGUGGUGUGUGGUCCAUGGCAGACAUCUCUUGGCAGACAAAAAGGGUUGGGUUCGCCUGCAGUUCCACGCAGGUCAGACCUGGGUGCCUGACACUCCCACGAAGAUGAUUUCUCUCUUACUUUUACCGGCCUGUACUUUCCCAUCCCCAGACCUAGAGGAUAACAUGUUAUGCCCUGACUGUGUUAAGAGGAAUAAAAGGAUGGUGGAGAAAUUAGUUAAAACGAGGAAGAGAAGAAGUAACCUGGUUUGAACACUCUCAACACAGAAGAAAUGGUGGAGAGCUCACAACUAAAUUAACUUGUGUCCCACUGAUUGCUGUGCUCUGCCCUGGACACCCUCAGCAUUCCUGAUGCCUUGAAUACAGAUGUGAAUGUUAAAUUCUAUAUUGGAGGUUUGCCAAAAAGUGACUGCCAUGCUGCUUCAGGUGUUCAGCUAUGUGGAAUAUGGUUUUGUUGUAAUUAAUAGAUUUUUAAAGCAGCUUUAAGGCUUUUGGAAAAAUUGAGCAGAAGGUAAGAGUUCCUAAAUUCUGUCUUCCAUCCUCCCCAUUUCCCCUACUAUCAACACCCUGCACCAGAAUGGCAAAUUCGUUGAACUUACAUUGACCCAUCAUUAUCACUGAAAGCCCGUAGUUGACAUUAGGGUUCACUCUUUGUGUUUCACACUCUAUGAGUUUUGACAAAUGUAUAGAGAUGUAUCCACUAUUAUAGAAUCAUACAAAAAUAGUUUCACUGCCCUAAACAUUCUGUACUCCUAUUUGACAUUCUCUG